AAGUCCCCCUCACAUGCUGCACACCACGGAGUCAACAGGCUGGACGGGUCACAGACGGAACAUCACUACGGCUGGAAAACAAAAACAAAACUCUGCUGCCUCUUUCUCAACUUCUUCUGAGCGGAAAAAAACGCGCAGAAGCCACGUUUUUAUUUCACUUUGCGCAGUUUUUUAUUUUUACCGGCUUGGGAUGUGACGCUCAGACGGAGCGCGCCUUUCCCGUUCAGACUUUUCUUCUGUUUACUCACGUUUGUUACGUUUCUCACUCUUUCAUGACUUUGUAACACCUUUGUCAGUUUACCUCUUGACCAUGGCGGAAGCGCCCCAGCAGCAGCCACACCUGGUGGACAUCGACCCGGAUUUUGAGCCCCUGUCGCGGCCCCGCUCGUGCACUUGGCCCCUGCCCCGGCCGGAGUUCAUCAACCCGGGCGACUCCAACACAUCGUCGCCGGUACCCUCCGUGAAGCAGGAGCCCGGCAGCGGCAACGCGGAGUUCAUCAACAACCUGAGCCUGCUGGAGGAGAACGAGGACUUUCCAGAGGAGAAGCCCGUCAUCCUGUGCAACGAGUUUCAGUGUCAGGAGACCUGCGCCCACCAGCAAGCUCCGCAGCACCAUCAGCAUCAGCAGCAGCACCCGAACCCGCAACUCCCGCAUCAGCAGCAGCAGGUGCCUCUGCUCUCCACCCCGGUCGGCUCGUCCCCUUCCGCGGCCGCUGCAGCAGCCGCUGCCCAGAGGAAGAGCAGCUCCUCCCGGAGGAACGCCUGGGGGAAUAUGUCUUAUGCAGACCUCAUAACCAAAGCUAUCGAAAGUUCUCCAGAGAACAGAUUAACUCUGUCUCAGAUUUAUGACUGGAUGGUGAAGAGUGUCCCUUAUUUCAAAGACAAGGGAGACAGCAACAGCUCUGCAGGAUGGAAGAACUCCAUUAGACACAACCUGUCCCUGCACAGCCGCUUCGUCCGCGUUCAGAACGAGGGGACGGGGAAGAGCUCGUGGUGGAUGCUGAACCCGGAGGGCGGGAAGAGCGGGAAGUCCCCGCGACGCAGAGCUGCCUCCAUGGACAACAACAGCAAGUUCACCAAGAGCAGAGGGAGAGCGGCAAAGAAAAAGCUAUCCCUGCAGGGUGGCCCUGACGGAGGUGGCGACAGCCCAGGCUCCUACUCCAAGUGGCCAGGCAGCCCCAACUCCCACAGCAACGAUGAUUAUGAUGCCUGGAGCAGCUUCAGGCCUCGAACCAGCUCCAACGCCAGCACCUUGAGUGGACGCCUUUCACCCUUCGUGCCUGAGGAUGACCUGGGAGAAGCAGAAGUGCACAUGGGAUACCCAGGAGCUCCAGGGGCGAAGAUGACAGCCACGCUGCCCAGUCUAACAGAAAUGACGGGCUCUCUGGGACACAGCUCUGAGAACGUCAUGGAAAACCUUCUGGACAACCUGAAUUUGCUCUCACCAAGCAACUCUCAGGUAGGAGGAGGGGCGACAACCCCUGGCUCCUCCCAGUCCUCCCCCUCACCUUUGAUGCAGCCUAGCCCUGGGUACCCGCCCUACAGCUCCCCCAGCAUGGGCUCUCAGCCGCAGCAGGACUACCACAAGUGCGUGUAUGGCCAAGCUGGAAUGAACACCUUGUCCCCUAUGACCCUGCAGAGCCUGUCAGAGAGCAAGCCCAACUUUGGGGCCGGUAUGGGUCAGUACAACUGCCCCGCAGGGCUCCUGAAGGAGCUACUGACGUCGGACAACGACCAACAUGGAGAGCUCAUGCCAUCAGUGGAGACGGUAGUGCCUCAGCCCAUGCUGCCACCGUACAACAGCAGCCAGCACGCAGCCAAGCUCAUGGCAAGAGGGAACGGCCACCCGCGUGGUCUUUCUCACCCCCACCCGCUCAAUGUGCACAACCAAGCCCCGGCCGCAUCACCAGCUAUGAACAGUCGCUUGCUCAUGUCUCUAAACUACAACGGGGGCUGUGUGCGUUUGCCUACAGCCAAGAGCCCCAUGCAGAUGCCUUACGGCCUCCCUGGCCACCUCAGCGUGGGGGGCAUGCCGGGCAGCUUCUGUCCCCUCAACACCAACGGAUACGGUCGAGCGGGCACGCUGGUCCCAUCGCACGCGGAGAAACUUCCCAGUGACCUGGAUGACAUGUCCAUCGAGAAGUUUGAAUUCGACAUGGAGACUGUCCUCCAUGAAACUCUCAUGGACGGAGACUCGCUGGACUUCAACUUCGAGCCGGUUGUGACCCAGCAAAGCUUCCCGCAUGGGGUGAAGACCACCACACACAGCUGGGUUUCUGGGUAGAAAACUAGAAUUGAAACCAUUUCAAAUUAAAUGACCUCAUCUCAACAAUUGCAGACGCAACAUUCCCGUUCCCUUCUGCAGAUUGGGUCAUGGCCAGCUGUGGACUGAUCCCAUUUUAGAGCGUCCUCCCCCCAAAAACGAUGGAAUCAAGAUCACUUUUCAAGUGCCAAAAAUGUUCGCCUUAACAAAAGAGCCAAACAGAAACAUUUCUGGUUUUCACACAAAGCUUACAGAUAUUAGACUGUAGUGAAACUGCCAAAUAGAUCUCAUCAUCAGCAGCAUAUUGUUAGGGUUAUGGUUAGGGUCAGACUGUUUGCUGCCAUCAAUCAAAUGUUUUUGAGUUUCUGCUAUGGACUAAUAAUGAAGGCAAUCCGGCUCAUGAGGUUUUUUGGACUGAAAUUUGAGAAAAAAGCGAGAUUUCUUAAAGGAUCUUUACAUGAUAUUACAGUAACACACGUGUAAUGCCUGAGUGUACAUAAUGUAAUCAUACAGUUUGUAAAAUUGUUUUUUUUUGUUGUAUUUUGUAACUUUUGUAAAUAGUGUUUACAAGAAGACAACAAAAAUUCUAAUCAGCAGAAAAUUGCUCACAUGGAAAACUGGAUCUAAAACGCAUCAAACUGGUCUGUCAGGCUGCAGAAUCACAGCUCGCUCUCUGAUUUUUGUGUACAUAACAAUAUAAAUGUAUAUUAAAACACUGUAGUAAAUGUUUGCCAGAUUUAGGAUAUAUUUGAGACCUAAGUUAUUUGUGGCUGAUACAGAUUUCUGCUGGUGCGUAACCUGCGGUCAGACGUUGGAAUAAUUCUGAAUUAUUUGUCACUCUGAACCUUAAUACCACAGAGGCCUGUUUAUUGUGCCUAACAGAGUGGAUUCUGACUGUAGGCUUGUGGGAUUAAUAUUGUAGAUCUCUAUCAGGUCCAGAAGAUCCUCAAAUCCAGCAUUCUUGUAGAAGAGAACUUUAUUUCAAUGUUCCUGCUUUAAAUUGACAAUAGAAGUAAAGAAAAGAUGUGUAAAUGUUAUUUUUGGCGCUGUGAUCGUUACAGGGUUUCAGAUUAAAGAGCUUGUCAGUGCUGUUGUUGUAACUGACCCUUUCUGGAUUUCACUUUUAAAAAGUUUUUGUGCCUGGUAUAGAUUAGUUUAGAUAAUGAUUCCUUUUGAAUCCAAAGGAGCCCUCUGAUGCUGUCUGACUGAACAGCCUCACUGCUUUCACUCUGCCCCUCCUACCUCUGGCUGUCCCCGUCUUUUCAAACUUUUGAUAUGAUGCUAACACACACUUACACACGCAUCUUGUAAACAAUUUUACUAUCACGUUUUUCUUAGCAAAUUACCAUUAAUCUAAAAAUGUUGUCUUAGCAUGUACAUGUGUAUUUUCCCCUCAUGCUGUACUUGUAGCCUCUAAAUAUCUUUUAUUGUGUGGAGUCAAAAAAAAGUGAAAACACGUUUCGAAAUCGAUGAAGUCAACUCAUUCGGUGGCUUAGAAAUAAAGUUAAAGAUUGUUUAAUGUGUGAUUUAUAGGGAAGACUCACAUUUGCAGGUUUUUAUUUGAUUCUUUGAUUGUUAAAAAGGAAAAAAUUAAGAAUAGUUAUUUUUUCCAUGAUUCAGAUAAAAACGUGCAUACUCUAGAUCCAAAUAUUCUGCCUCCUCAGAAAUAGAUUUGAAGAAACUUAAUUUACUGCAACUUUCCACCUGAUGUGUAAUCAUUGUGUCAACUUUGCAAAGCGUAGUACGCAGCCAAUAGCCACCGUUACGGUCAAUGGGUUUGUUUCUACCGGGGCGGGCACUGUCUCAGAAACAUAGCGUCAUGUUGCACCACAAAUUUUAUGCUUCAGGUCUAUUUUUCUCGCGCUACACUUCAAUAAUGGAUCAAGGAAGUCAAAUAGGAAAGCAGUGUAAUGUGUCCAGAAGAUUUUAAAAUUAAAAGACAAGUGCAGAUUUCCAGUUGAUUUAAAGCUACUCUCCAGUAUAUUUGUAAUCUGGCAGCAGCACCAUCUACUGGCUGACAAAUUUAUCGCACCUUAAGCCGUGGUUUCCACUUCCAUAUUUACGAUAGAACGCAAUGCCUCUCGUUCAUGAACGUCACCUCUAGCCGACAAGUAGAGCUAAAACACGUUUUGCAAAUAUUAUUCUCAUGUUAUGUUGUUUAUUCACACAUUUAUAUUUUAAAGACCUAAGGCCAGGGGUGGACUGAGACCAAAAUUCAGCCCUGGCAUUUUUACAAAUCGUCGGCCCUCCCCAUUGGGAGAGCGGUGGGGGUGGGGGGUGUUGCCGCCCGCGGACUCGUCUCUAGGCCGAAUGUGAUAUCUAAUAUGGACUGGGACUGUUAAAUUACAAGCAGGGCCAGACCGCUGCGACCGGGAGCCCUGGCCUUCCAGAUCAGCUCAUUCUCCACGGGCGGAGAUCAACGGGACAUUAGCUACAUGCUAACGUGGUAAAACAACUCCUGCUUCAUCGCUGUACCGCGUUUUUCUUGCUAAAAACGGCUGGAAAAACUCUUAGCUUUGGGUUACCAUGUAGCUAAUGUUCUGCAGAUCACCAACUGUGGAGUAGUGCCGGCCCAAGCUGGGCAAGCAGCCCACUUGGCUUAGCGGCCCACCGGGACAGUGCCAGAAUGCCAGAUAGGCCAGUCCACCCCUGCCUAAGGCUGAUUAAUACUUCUCCAUCUGCGUCGGUAUGGAGACACUCAUUAUGCGAUGGGGCGAGGGCUGACCGACUGGCUCACAGAGAGUAAUGGAGACAUGCCCACAUUUUUAACUAUCUGUUGAAUGUGACGAAGACCGCAAGCUUGUGAUUGGUCAGGACGCCGCUGCCUUAAAAUUUGUCAACAGCAAUGCCAUUGCCUUGUCAAAAAUUUUAAAAAUAUUUAGCGGCAUACACUGAACUGAUUGAAGAGCACAUCGCAGAAAAAUCCAAAAACAUGAACGUUUAUUGACCCGUGACUAAAGGAGUACAAAAAUACGGAGCUAACGUUUUAUUCGUGGACUGAAAUGAUGGGAAACUGGGUUUAGAGUAUGAAGAGGUGACGGAGAAUGAAGGACAAAUUUGUCCGUUUUAUAAAGUCUCUGAAAUAUAUAAACACAUUAGAAUAUACACUAUUGUGGACUGGAUACAUGAGUGUAAUGGUGGCAGGAUACCACAGAAAAGCCGAAAUUUGAGAGCAAAAUGCCUGUAAUUGGGUGCGUGUCUCUCCCUUGCAGAGUUGACGGAGAAGUAUAAAUCAGGCUCGUCCGUACGAAAAACUCCCCUACUCUUUUAGCCCAGGUCUGUUCAAAUGCUCACACAUGCUCUGUGAUUGACAACUGUACGUAAGCGGUAAAUUGCAUGAGGCUCUACGGCAUGGGGGACAGGCUUAGCAAAAAAACUAUUGCCUACAUUACAUAAGAGCACAUGAUAAGACUAGCACUUUCACAAAUUUUCUAAAUAUUUGACAUAAAUCCUGAAAGAGGGAAACUCCCGAAUGUAGAUUUAAUACGUCCUUAACUGUGAUCCCUCUGUGGUACAAAGAGCAGAAAAUGAACCACGGACCAUUUGGGAGACGUGCUGUUACCUUUUUAAUUUUAUUUUUUGUUAUUGCCGAAAUCACGCUUCUCCGGUACUUUCGUGACCUUGUGGAAUUCGCUGCUUGGAAGGCUUUUGCUGACAUUUGCCGUCUAAAACACUCCCGAUGGGAAAGGUUGUGUCGCUGAGGUUGAAGUGAAAAUGCGUCUAUUACGUUUCACGCAGCUUACGCAUCCGGUGGAAUGCUGGGAUAAAUAAAAUAUUUAGUCGUUUCAAAAGGCAGAAGAGCCGUUGCAAAGCUGCUUUUUGGCUGAUCUUGCCAUGUGUUGCCUUUUCUUACCCAUACAUGCUGUAGGAUGUACUAUAGCCAAAUCUGCCUUUGAAGCCAAAGCGACAUGUUUAGCAUUUAUAUCAAGUGAUGUGUUCAGAAUUAUAUCUAUGAAUAUACAUAUAUAUUUGUGCCGGUCACUCGUGUCAGGAUUAACUGUAAUGAAUCUAUGUAGGUUUACUCUAAAGAGCUGUACUAAGUAAAUUAUAUCUCUGUGUUUUCAUAUUAUUGAAUCUAUGCAUCGUAUUCCUUAAUUCUGCGUUGCUGUUGUAAUAUUUCCUGUAUUUUUUUCCCCAUGAAUUUUUAACAGAGAUAUUUUAAUGUAACAUAACGCUGUGAGAUGUUAUGGUGUCAGUGUCAUCAGAACUCUAUGUUUCAGAUAGUUCUAUGGAGGGGGUAGUAAAAAAAAUGAAGUGUAUUUAGAAAAUAUUUGAUGCAUUGAUUGAUACGCUACGCUUUUGCUAACUGGCAAUGUUGUUUUUAAUUGUAUACCAAUAAGGUUUAUAGAAAAUUGCACCAAAAAUGCUAAUUACUUAAAAAAAUUAUAAAAGACAAAACUGUAAAGAUAUAUAGCAUUUUUUAAAUGAAACUAUAUUUAUUCUUCAGAGAAGUACUUCUCGAGAUAUCAGAUUUUGGACCAAUUUAGAUGUUGCACUUUUACGUAUUUUUAACAAAGGGCUCCUCAUGACAAUAGGAAGAGAUCCCGUUAUAUAUUUUGGAAUAAAAAAUCUGUUACAUUUACUUUAUACGUGAAAGAAUAACAUUGGAAUUGUUUUGAUUUGCAAUCAUUGAAAAUAUGUAACUUGUUCAAUAUUAAUCUUUUAAGAAUCUAAAUAAAUGUACUUCUGUGUGAAA